AUGUCCACAACAAAUUUAAAUUCAGACGCUUUUAUUAGUACUUUGAACACUAACGAAAUUAACGGUGGUGAUGUACCUGAACAAAAUGAAAGCAAAAAUCUACUGUGCAUCAUUGUUCGGCAUGGCAAACUUGGGGCUGCCUACUACAACUUUUCAGACCGAAUACUAUAUUUUUAUGAUGAAAUGAUUGACCCACCGCCACAAUAUUUAGUCACCCAAACCUUACUCAGGGAAGUCGCCCCAAAGUACGUCGUAACUUUCGGCUGCAAAACCGACGAGUUUGUCAGGCGUCUGAUGUUGUUCUGCACCGACGAUGGGAAUACCACCGUCACAACUGAUGAAAUGUUAAAGUUGCCGCAGAACUUCCACCUGUUGCCCCUGAAGGAAUACUCCUAUGAGAUCUGCAAGUUGAUAAUUAUGUGCAUGGAGUUGCCCACAAACCCGGACGAAAACCAGAUCAAACGGGAAAUGUACAUACAAUCCCUCAUCAACUUCAACUGUCGCCUUUCAGUGCAAUGCCUAGGGGCCCUAAUAAAAUACCUUGAAAAGAACUGGGCCUACUUUGAGACGGACAAGGAACAGCUCCAGUUCCUGCAUAUUCAUCAAAAAACACUCCGAAAUCACGUUCUGAUGGACGCGACCAGCUUCGACGCCCUGCACAUAUUCCACAAACGUGGACACGAGUCCAGUUUCAAGCGUGGCUCGCAGUCGGCGAGUCGUGAAGGCUUCAGCCUCUAUCAACUGUACUUGGUCAAUUGUAAAUCGGUGUUGGGACAGGUUUGCCUCAGGAACGUGCUGCUGAAUCCCAUCCACGAUUUACAGGAGCUGAACGUCAGGAUGGACUUCAUCGAGUAUUCGUUGUUGGCGUCCAACAGGGAGUUCGUUGAGGCUCUGCAGGAUAAUAUUAAACACAUACACGAAGUUAAUACUUUGCUGAUAAGAGUACAAAACGGUCGAGCCAGCAGCCACGACUGGAAAGUAUUAUACAAAUCAAUAUACCACCUGGUUUUCUUGAGCGAAAUAUGCGGCCCCCAUUCAGAGAAAAGUACAGUCAUCAACGAUUUUUUCAAUUCCGUAACACCCGAACUGCUGGGCUUGGAACAAUCGAUCAGUACCGCCCUAGAUUUUAAUAUUGAGGAGUCUGGAAGACCCACAAUUAAAUACGGGGUCGACGAAUCACUGGACGAAAAGAAACUGAGGAGGAACGACAUAUCGAAGAGCGUGAACGUUGCUGCCAGGAUUGUGGUUGACGAACUGCCUGAUUAUAUUGGUGAAUGUACCGUUAUUUAUUUGCCGGAAAUGGGGCAUUUAAUUGCCAUCAAGGAAUGGCAGGACGAUUGUGAUCCUAACGUGUUACAGCAAAUGGGUUAUCAGUUUGUGUUUAAACUAUCGAAAACUUUACAUUACAAGAAUCCUAUUUGUCGAGAGUUGGACAAAUGCUUCGGCGACAUAAACUCGGAAAUAAUCGACCACGAAAAUCGCAUCAUACGAAGACUUUCCGGCUACAUCAUAAAGUACUUGAAUCACAUUCGAGUACCCAUUAAAAAGGUGGCCAUGAUCGACUGCCUCCUGGCCAUGGCCCGGGUGGCCGGGGAGAAGAACUUCGUCCGCCCCCAACUGAACAGCGACAACACGCACGAAAUAACCGGAGGCCGCCACCCCCUGAUGGAGCUGAUGAUCGCCAACUUCGAGCGCAACGACUUCCGCUCCGGAGGGCCGCACGGCCGCGUCAAGAUCAUAACGGGCCCGAACGGCAGCGGCAAAAGCAUCUACUUGAAACAAGUGGGCGUCAUCUUGUACAUGGCGCACGUGGGGUCGUACGUGCCGGCGCAGUCGGCCAACAUCGGGCUGACGCACAGCAUACAUUGCAGGAUCCAAGCCACCGAGUCCGCCUCCGUUAGGCUGUCGGCUUUCAUGAUCGACAUCAGUCAGACCACCAAGGCGUUGGAGACGGCGAAGGGGUCCUCCUUGAUUCUGAUGGACGAGUUUGGGAGAGGCACAACCAUAAACGAAGGUGUGGCCCUUUUGGUUGGGGUUUUGAAGGCUUUCAUCUCGAGGAAUUUGGACUGUCCGCAUAUUUUGGUGUCCACACAUUUCCAACAAGUCAUCCACCACCUUCCCGAGUCCGACGUUGUGGAAUAUUGGAAAACGGAACACACAAAACAGGAUGGAUGUUUGUAUUUCCUGUAUAAAAUUGUUAAAGGCGUUUCGGAUAGUUACGCCUUUGACAUCGCCACUGAAUUGGGAUUCGAUCAGGACAUCAUACAACGUGCCCGUUAUAUUUUUAAUUGUUUAAAGAGGAAUGAAAGAAUAGUUCCUAUAAACAUGAACAAAUCACUUGUUAAUCUAACGGAAGAGGAUGCAAAUGAAUUUUUGUUUAACUUGGACAUUCCUGAACCUGAUGAUUAAGCUUCCUGACAUAUAUUACUCAAUAUUCUUGUUUAACUAUUGAUUAUAUAAAUUAAAAUUUAUGUAAUAUUUAAUAUUCUUACAGAAUAUAAAAUUUUUAUAGAU